AUGGCAUCCAGAGCGGCUCGCUGCCUGGUUUUGGACACCGUCCGAUCCGGGGCUCUCUGGGGCAGGCCGAGCUUGAGGACAGGUGGUGAUGUCUCUGCCAUACGAAGCAGCUCAGGUCGAAGCCUGAGGUCAGUCAUCGUUACCCGCAGCGGCGCCAUUUUGCCCAAACCAGUGAAAAUGUCCUUUGGCCUGCUCCGGGUGUUCUCCAUUGUGAUCCCCUUCCUCUACGUGGGGACGCUCAUUAGCAAGAACUUUGCCGCUCUGCUUGAGGAGCAUGACAUUUUUGUCCCAGAGGAUGACGACGACGACGAUUGA